GAACAAAUAUAAUGAUGAACAUAUUGUUUUAGAUAGAAAUUGUGAUUUGUGGUGGGGAGAGGUUGAGUAGAACUCAGCCAUGUGAUUUUUGAGAAGAGUUGGUUUUUUGUGGUGAAAACUGGGGAUGGUCGGGAAAAAAGACACGCUGUAAAAGAAUGACGUCAUUCAUUAGUGAUACAUUUAGCCAUAACUGAAGGCUAAGCGGUUGGCUUUUACUAUCAAAACAUCCUUAAUUAUUUAAAUACUAGUUUUCUGUAACCGCUUCGUUUGCUUCCAACUUUCAUUCGUUUUUUUUAUAUAUCUCUGUGGCCGGUUUCCCCCCUCCCCACCCCUCAUCAUUACAAAAAGCCAGUCAACAUACAUUGAGGUCUCAAAAUCCCACCCCGUCUAUAAUUAAUUACCUUAGUUGUUAGAUGUUUUUUUUUUAAAAAGAAAUGUUAAACGUAUGCGUCACAUUUCUUUACUCCACCGUUUUAUCUCAAACUCAGCAUAUCGUAACCAAGUUCAAAUCAAGCACUAUCGUUUUGAGACUUUCAGCGUUAUAACUGUUUAAUUUGAUUUUAACGUUCAAUUUAAUAAAUAACUACACUACUUAGCAGUAACACAGUUAUUCUUAACCCUAGCUUGAUCAAACCCCAGUGGUUUGGUGAGUUAGUCUGGGGGAUUCGGCGGAGGUCAAGACACACACCCGACUCAUAUGAUUCACGAUCAGAUUUUGUUGGUGGGCACGAUAGAACUAUUAACUUUUUAUUAAGAAAGGUCUAGAUAAGUAAAAAGCAUGCUGCGUCGCAUUUCUUGAACCCCACCUUUUCAUCCCCCACUUAGCACAGCUUCACCAAGUUCACGCUCGCGCGUGACAUCAUGUACUGGUACUGCCGACCGUUAGGCUAAUUUUACAGAGAUAAAAACAAGCACUACCAUUUUGAAACUUAUGUGACGUUUAAUUUGAUUACUCAUGUUAAUGUUCAAUCAAACAGCCCCUCACCCUCCCCCUCCCUCCUCUCCCACCCCUCACUCGUCCAUUUUAUUGUACGUGAUUAUAAAAUUUCUACAAGUCUUUAAAAAAUUAUUUAAGCUCCCAUCCUAUAGAAAUAGACUACCCAUUAAGCUCCAAAAGAAAAUCGCCCUAAAGAUGCGCUUGGUGACAACAGGGGAGGCCGCCUGAUGUUGAAGCUGUUCGGAGCUUUAUAAAUAGCACAAUUAACGAUAAGAUGACACUUAAGUAAAUUAUAAUUUUGAAUCUUGUUACAUUUAAAUUGACAUUUGAAAAUUAGAAGCUGUGUAUUAGGUCAAACUGUCAACAUAUUUCAAUUUAAGUCCAAGAAAAACAAAUAUUUCCUCAAAAGAAGGAACAUUAAUAAUUUUUGCGUAGUUUCGCGACACUGAAUUACAGUAUUUACGGCAUCAUACAUAGCGCGAUAGCCUACUGGUGCUCUAUCGUGGUCCCAUUUGGUUCGUCAGACCUAGGCCCCAUGCUGAUGGCCGUAUUCCUAACGCCCCGCACUAGAUGCGGCAUAUUAGUCGGCAGGCAAUUUGUGGCAAGCCUUUUUGACGGGGAUAAUGUGUUGAGGCCGUUUUGCCAAACGUCUCAAACUAGCAGGUUUGCAACAUUUAUGAGCAUUCGUAUUGAGCAAGUAGACAAGUUGCUUGCAGUAAAAAACUAAAAAAGAUGGCAGCUGGAGGUACCAAGAGUGGCAGCUGUGUGGAGCAAGGAAAAGUUCAAGUCUGCAUUUGUGUACUGUGUGGGCUGCCCACUGCAGGCAAAACAUCCUUGCUCAACUCUCUCAAACUCAGCCUGCAGACACUAGAGCAGGUUGGGCAGCUCAAGUUUGCUGUUGUUGGCAUUGAGUACGACUCACUCUUAUCUGUAUCAGAGCAUCAGGAGGUGAAAGAAUGGAAACUUGCUAGGCGCCAAGUUUUAACAUUAGUUAGGAAUUUGAUUCCUGUGCUACGCCAGCAGACUAUUUCAAUGGAGUGUCCAGAUGGUGUGUCAUGUGAGACAUGGUCCAAGUUUGGGCCAGUGCUCCAGGAAGUGACCAGACUGUGGAAUCCUGGGAUAACUCAGGUACUUGUUGUCAUUGACGACAACAUGUAUCUGCGCAGCAUGAGAUAUGAAUAUUUCCAACUGUCUAGGGAAUUAUCAACAGGCUUUUGUCAGGUGUAUCUGGAGCAUGGUGUAGCUGAGGCUAUCAGAGCCAACCAAACAAGAGGCUCAGUGGGGGUCACAUGUGCUAGCAUCCAGAGGAUGGGCCAAAGCCUGGAGCCUCCAGAUGGCUCUAGGUUCUGGUGGGAGAAACAGAGCAUAACCCUGCAGCCUUUUACAGAGGGUCACAUUCAGAAAGUGGCCUCCCUUGUACAAACAGCAUUAGAGAAGCCCAGUCAGGCAGUUGAAGAGAGGGGAGCUGCCCCUGUCCAUAGUGAGCUUCACAAGGCUGAUCUAGUGCUGAGGAAAUGUGUCUCAUCAUGGUUGGCAGAGUGUCAACAAUCAGAGAGGAAAGAAACCUUGCAGCAGCAGAGUAAAAAGGCCCAUGAGAUCAAGGUCAAGGUCCUGACUGCAUUACGCAACUCUAGUACAUCCAGAGGGCUAGAUGAUGAACAGAUUCAAGCUUUGUUUUACUCUCUUGUCAAUCAUACAUGACUAGCUCCAACAUCCAGAGGGCUAGAUGAUGAACAGAUUCAAGCUUUGUUUUACUCUCUCGUCAAUCAUACAUGACUAGCUCCAACAUCCAGAGGGCUAGAUGAUGAAGAGAUUCAAGCUUUGUUUUAUUCUCUUGUCAAUCGUACAUGACUAGCCCCACCCUAGUGAGAGAGCCAUCCUACAUAUGGACAUACAUCUACUGGCAAAGCAAGAGAAAACUCAGGUUGUGAAUAGUGUAGAACAGAAUGUAUUGAAUCAAUGCGCCACUAUUCCAGUCCAUGUUUGAUCCUGUACUUGAGUCGGGCUGUGUCCAGCAUCACUUGCUUGCGCUCAGCAAAUGAGAGCUGACGGGCGCUGGCAGCUGCCUCAAACUUGCUGGCUUUAAAUGACUGAGGCUGA